AUUUGUUCAGUGUCCCGAGGGGGAGCUACAGAAGAGAAAGGAAGUAGUCCAUACGGUGAAUCUGCAUGAGGUGGAUGUUAUCAAUUCUCGUACACAAGGAUUCCUGGCCUUGUUCGCCGGCGAUACUGGCGAGAUUAAAUCGGAAGUUCGAGAGCAGAUCGAUGCUAAAGUGGGGGAAUGGAAGGAGGAGGGCAAGGCUGACGUUAUUCCUGGCGUAUUGUUUAUCGAUGAGGUUCACAUGUUGGACAUAGAGUGUUUCUCCUUCCUCAAUAGAGCGCUGGAGCAGGAGACAUCUCCAGUGGUGAUAAUGGCGACUAAUAGGGGAAUUACUAAUAUAAGGGGAACUGAUUACAAGUCGCCGCAUGGCAUUCCUCUGGAUCUGUUGGAUAGGAUGCUCAUUAUAUCGACAGUGCCGUACACGGAGAAGGAGGGCUUAGCGCCCGUGUGGUAA